GGAACAGGACCAGGUCUGGUCUUUGCUCCGGAGAGACGAGGUGGGGGAGAGUCGGGGGAAUCAGGGGAAUAGAGAGGAAGAGAAGAGAAACAGGAACAGGACCUGCUGAAAGAGGAUGUGAGAACAAUCGCUGUGGAGUGAAGCGGCAGACGGACGUCUACAGGUGGAACCUCGUCCUCACCUGGAGUUAUGGACUCCCCCCUGCAGCGCUAGCUAAGCUAAGCUAAGCUAAGCUAACACCGGCCCCGGGGCGACAUGUCCACGGACUCGGGUCCCGGUUCUGGUCCCGGUCCGGACCCCCAGACGGACUCUGGUCCCGGUUCUGGUCCCGGUUCGGACCCCCAGACGGACUCGGGUCCCGGUUCUGGUCCCGGUCCGCACCCCCAGACGGACUCUGGUCCCGGUUCUGGUCCCGGUUCGGACCCCCAGACGGACCCCUGUCCCGGUCCGGACCCCCAGACGGACCCUGGUCCCGGUCCAGACCCCCAGACGGACCCUGGUCCCGGUUCUGGUCCCGGUUCGGACCCCCAGACGGACUCUGGUCCCGGUUCUGACCCCCAGACGGACUCUGGUCCCGGUUCGGACCCCCAGACGGACUCUGGUCCCGGUUCGGACCCCCAGACGGACUCUGGUCCUGGUCCUGGUCCCGGUUCGGACCCCCAGACGGACCCUGGUCCCGGUUCUGGUCCCGGUUCGGACCCCCAGACGGACCCUGGUCCCGGUUCUGGUCCCGGUCCAGACCCCCAGACGGACUCUGGUCCCGGUCCGGACCCCCAGACGGACUCUGGUCCCGGUCCGGACCCCCAGACGGACUCUGGUCCCGGUUCUGGUCCCGGUCCGGACCCCCAGACGGACCCUGGUCCCGGUUCUGGUCCCGGUCCAGACCCCCAGACGAACCCUGGUCCCGGUUCUGGUCCCGGUCCAGACCCCCAGACGGACUCUGGUCCCGGUCCAGACCCCCAGACGGACUCGGGUCCUGGUUCUGGUCCCGGUCCGGACCCCCAGACGGACUCGGGUCCUGGUCUGGACCCCCAGACGGACCCUGGUCCCGGUUCUGGUCCCGGUCCAGACCCCCAGACGGACUCUGGUCCCGGUCCAGACCCCCAGACGGACUCGGGUCCUGGUUCUGGUCCCGGUCCGGACCCCCAGACGGACUCGGGUCCUGGUCUGGACCCCCAGACGGACCCUGGUCCCGGUUCUGGUCCCGGUCUGGACCCCCAGACGGACCAGGGUCCCGGUUCUGGUCCCGGUCCGGACCCCCAGGGACCGGUCCAGGUCCAGGUUCUGCUGGACCUGCUGCUCGGCGUCUACCAGGAGUUUUCCUGCUCCGGUUUCUGCCAAGAGAAGUUCGUGUCCGGAUUCCUGACGUGGGCCGGGCCGAUAGUGAGGCGAGUUGAGAAGAUGAGAAUCAAAAGAGACGACUUUGACAUCCUGAAGGUGAUUGGCCGAGGCUCGUUCAGCGAGGUCGCCGUGGCGAAGAUGAGACGAACGCAGCAAGUUUACGCUCUAAAGAUUAUGAAUAAGUGGCACAUGCUGAGGAGAGGAGAGACGGCCUGCUACCAGGAAGAGCGGGAGGUGAUGCUGAAGGGAGACAGACGAUGGAUCACUCAGCUGCAUUACGCUUUCCAGGACAACAACCACCUGUACCUGGUGAUGGACUUCUAUCCCGGCGGAGACCUGCUGACGCUGCUGAGUAAGUUCGGGGACGUGAUUCCGGAGGACAUGGCUCAGUUCUACCUGGCCGAGAUGGUCAUGGCCGUCGACUGCGUCCACAAGCUGGGCUACGUGCACAGAGACAUCAAGCCUGACAACGUCCUGCUAGCGGCUGACGGACACGUGAAACUGGGCGACUUCGGUUCCUGCCUGAGACUCCAGAGCGAUGGCAUGAUCCGCUCGUUGGUGGCCGUCGGGACUCCGGACUACUUGUCCCCGGAGAUUCUGAGGACGGUGGAGGGAAACGGAGGUUACGGCCUCGAGUGCGACUGGUGGGCUCUCGGUAUCUGCGGCUACGAGAUGUUAGUCGGGACCACGCCCUUCUACGCCGAGUCCAUCUCCGAAACCUACGCUAAGAUCAUUAACUUCCAGGAUAAUUUCCAACUUCCUCCUCCGGACUCUGAGAUGUCGGACGAGGCGAGUUCCUUCAUCGCCGGACUCGUGUGCGACAGGGAAAAUCGUCUGGGGAGAAACGGCCUCGGUGAUUUCAGGACUCACCGGUUCUUCUCCGAGAUCGACUGGGAUUCGCUGCAUGACCUUCCCGCCCCCUUCCUGCCCGACGUCUCCGGUCCCGCAGACACGUCCAACUUCGACAUCGUAGACGACUGUCUCAGUGAAAUGGAAAUGCUUUCCGACGUUGAGGACGCGACUCCUUUAGGCGUCCACUUGGCUUUUGUUGGAUAUUCUUACACCGCUGCCAGUGCCGUCGACUUUGAUCGAGACAUCGUGACGCAGACGGAGGAGACGAAGGUCGAGGACACGAAGGUCGAGGUGGGAGACCCAUUUCCACCAGAGGAACUGAUGGUCCAGCUUGCAGAUUCUCUGCAGGAAAAGCUUUCUCCCUUGCUAGGAGCUGCAGUUACCCCGCUAGCAGCUGCAGUUACCCCGCUAGGAGCUGCAGUUACCCCGCUAGGAGCUGCAGUUACCCCGCUAGGAGCUGCAGUUACCCCGCUAGGAGCUGCAGUUACCCCGCUAGGAGCUGCAGUUACCCCGCUAGCAGCUGCAGUUACCCCGCUAGGAGCUGCUGUUACCCCGCUAGGAGCUGCAGUUACCCCGCUAGCAGCUGCAGUUACCCCACUAGCAGCUGCAGUUACCCCGCUAGCAGCUGCAGUUACCCCGCUAGCAGCUGCAGUUACCCCGCUAGGAGCUGCAGUUACCCCGCUAGGAGCUACUAGCACCUCCACCCACAUCACCACCGACGCUGAAGAGGAGACCAAGCUAACAUCACCGGUUGAUGAACACAUGCAGAGAGCCUUACAUGAAGCGACGAGGAGAUGCAACGAGCUGGAGAAGGAAAGCAUGAGCUUGAAAGAAGAGAUCCAGCACUGGAGAGCAGCCAUGGAAACGGAGCUCGGUAUCUGCCCAGCAUCUCUUGCUAUUUGCUGCCACUGUGUGGAAACACCAGACCAUAAGUGGACGGCGCCCCCUACCUGCCAUUACCCGCUGGUGAUUCCCCUGCACCGCCACCUGCUGCUCUUCCACCGGAUCCGCCUGCCGCAGGUGAGGAGUGAAUCCUACCUGCUAGCGUGUGCUGAAGGGAGCUACUUUAACUCCUGGGACGGAUGGGGUUUACCCAGAUCUCCUGAACGUUUACCCAGAUCUCCUGAACGUUUACCCAGAUCUCCUGGACGUUUACCCAGAUCUCUUGAAUGCAUCUGAAGGAGCAGAGCUGAGCACGAGCUCUUCACGCUCCCCUGCAUCCCAAACCACCAAGAUGAGAGAGAAAGAUGUCUUUGUUGUGGACGUUUGAACCGAAGGACACUCCCGGAGUAAAGUCUCCUGCUGGUGCGAGAGGAAACUGCUGCGUUCUGAGUGCGAGGCACAUCUUCUGACCCGUCUUCUGGUCGGUCAGAACAACCUGCAUGAGGUCCAGAAAAACACUGACUUUAGCUUACUUUAACGUGAUUCCUGAGUGACACUGAGAGGACAGGUAUUUUAGACCAUAUUGGUGUAUUUGGAGUCACUGAAUAUGAAUAUUUCUCUGAGAAUCUUCACGUACGAGUUGUGUAGCACAACCGCCGCUAUUGUCUUUGCUGUGCUGUAAUUGAUGACCACGUGACCUGGUUUUGUACGAACACUGCAGGCUUUGUCGGUGUGGAAGAUUAAUAAA